CGGCAGUCUACCAUUGUGCCGGCGAUCUGAUAACAACAGUCUAUUUCCUCGGAUUAUAACUAGGAUCAAUGAUGAACUUAACAUACAAGCUGAACACCGGAUUUACCAUCCCAUUGAUUGGCUUCGGCACCUACCAAAUCCAUGGCCGGGAGCUCAUUUACGAGGUGUUGGAUUACGCCCUCAGCGCAGGCUAUCGGCAUAUUGACACUGCGGUCGUUUAUCGCAAUGAGGAAUACAUUGGAAGUGCACUGAAAACACUGCUCCCCAAGUACAACCUGAAGCGUGAAGAUAUCUUUAUCACGUCCAAGUUGAUUUCACAAUCAAACAAAGAUGAACAAUUUGUUGAGGAAAUGGUGCGAAAGUCGCUGGCCAACUUGCAAACUGACUAUCUCGAUCUGUACCUCAUCCACUGGCCCGGUGUGAGUGGUAUGCAAGUGAACCAUCCGGAUAAUGUAAAGUAUCGUAAGGCUACUUGGAAUGCGCUUUGUAAAAUGCAACGUGGUGGCCAUUUGCGUUCGAUCGGUGUCUCGAACUACACGGUAAAACAUUUGAAGGAAAUGCUAGCAGAAUGCAAUGGCGUUGUGCCUGCAGUCAAUCAGGUUGAAUGGCACCCUUACUAUUAUCAGCCAGAACUGCUGGACUUUUGCCGCAAGGAGGGCAUCUUUCUGCAAGCCUAUUCGUCGCUCGGUUCAUCCAACACAACCGAACUACGAAGUGACCAGACGGUGAACGAUGUAGCUAGCCGUCUUGGUAAAACUCCUGCUCAAAUACUACUUCGUUGGGCUGUGCAGCAGAAUAUUGGCAUAUUGCCAAAGGCCCGUUCGCGUGGUCACAUUGAGGAAAAUGCCGCUCUGGAGUUUGAAAUUCCAGCCGAGCAGAUGAAGGAACUGCAUGAUCUACGGCACACCGUUGGGCGCAAGUUUGCGUGGAAUCCAGAGACGGUCGUUUAAAGCGUUCUGAUUUCAUGGAAAGG